AUGGCGCCUUCUUUAUUAUUGCUACUAUAUAUCGUGACGGCUGCUCUAGCGAAUCUCUGGGGGGCAUUCAGGGACUCCAAAGAUGUUAAGGAUUUAACGGGCUGCGAAGACACCGAGGAUCUGGAGGACACCGAGGAUCUGGAGGACACUGAGGACCUGGAGGACACUGAGGAUCUCGAGGACAUUGAGGAUCUUGAGGAGAUUGAGGAUCUCGAAUACAUCGAGAACCUCAAGGGCGUUGCGGCUCCACUUAUAAUACACGCCCCACCCACCGGCAAAGGACCAGUCCCAAUAGAUCCGUUCUUCGUCAUGUGGUCUCAUGAAAAUGAACACGAGAUUGAAUCAUAUUCCGAAAAGUACACCAUAGUACUAGUCAAGCUUGAAGUUGAAUACGACCCGUGCGACGAUUUAUUCGAGCGAUACGAGCUGAGCUCCAUUUAUUCGACAGACGUUGGAGGUGCGGAUGGUUUUCUGGACGUUCCUGCUUCAGAGUUCACAUUCUUUGCACCCGGUGAGACGUUGACGGUUGACUUGCUUUUUUACAGUAAGCAUGACAUGGAUAUUAAUAUGUGCACAUCUGUCCGUGUGUCCAUGUUCGCACCAGACCCUACACCUGCUUUGGCCUCAGCCAUCAUAACCCCGACAGAGACUAUCGAGUGGCUCCCAACGCCGACCACGGACUAUGAACAUAGAGGAGAGCUCGGAGCCAAGGUCGAAGACCCAUCAGCUGGCGAGAAAACUGGUAUAAGUGUCGCAGUCAAGGGUGUUUGUCUACUCUUAGUUGCUGGAGGAAUCAUCGGGUUCCUUCGGCGUCAAUCGCAGCAAUUUAGAUGGCGGGCUUUACACAGUCAACGGCCAGAACAGAUUCCUUUGUCAACACUGGAACAACAGGAUCAGGGAAAUCUUGACGAAGGCGAUAAAAAAACGCUGGGAUGA